AUCUAUUUUCGUGGAACAUGAAAAAAAAUCGAAAACAUAGUAUUAAUCGUCUCUCUCUCUUCGUCGAUUUUGUUGUUUGUUAUUGGGUAAAUCGAUUGAAGCCAAAUGAUAUACUAUUCUCUGUUUUUGUUGGAGGAUCAGCCAGCUUCUUGGUCAAGUUCUUUUUCAAGCCUGGAUUGCUUGCUGGAAUCUGAGAGUAUCACAUUCGAGGUGGAACGAAGACAUAAAGCUUGUGGAGCAAUCAAAUGUCAUUGAUGUGCCUGGUUUGUCUUAUAGAAACAUCCCUUCCCUUGCCUCAACUGUUACUGGAGAGAUGGCUAUACCUACUGAGGGUAACUCAGCUUUAUCCUUGUUUUGUCCUUAUAAAGUUGUUGCAGGGUUUUCGAAUUUGGAGGUUGAGUCUAAUCCAUGUUUUACUACCACCCGCAAGAACAGGAUCUAUGAGCUGUUGAUUCCUGCCAAUGUGGUGAAAGAAAAUGGGCUUACAUUUUGUGACCGCAUCAAGUACAUUGAUGGAGAAGGGAUCAUGGGGCUAAAGGCAAAUGGUCUGAUGUUAGGAUUUGCAUCAAAGGAUGGGACAGGAUUUGCAGAAGAAACAGGCUUAAAGAGGGUGAUACUGUCCACUGUGAGAUGCUUCAUAUCAGGAAGAAAAUUCACUCAAUCAAAAUCACAAUCACUCGUGGCUGAAUCCAUCAUCAUCAUUAGCAGUUCAUCACCACACCCUUCAUCCAUCACUCAUCAUCACCACUAUCAAAACAGUUAUCUAUGUCUUAGUAUGGCUUUUGUUUGUUUUAUGAGUGUUGCAGUUUUCUUCUCAGGUUUUUAUCUUAGUAGUACUUUCUUUAUCCCCAAGCCACCGUGAACUUAUUGAUGUUUAAUGUUUGUAUUUUGAAUGAGGUUCAAAUCAUUCAACUUUAAAAAUAAAAAUAAAAAUAAAAAUUUAAGAAUUUCAA